UAAAAAUUCUUAGUACAUAUCAUAAUCCCUAUGCCACACAUGUCUAUUUGUUUCUCGAGUGCUAGUUCUUGUUGGCAUAUUUCUAUCACAAUUAUUGUCUGGUACAUGAGAAACUACUUCAGACUGUGAUGCAUGUUGAGAACAGUUAUCAGAGAAAUCUGGCUUUUCAUUAUCAUCAUCAUCAUCCAAGACAUUCCCAUCAUAGACAUCUGUGUCAGUGUCUUUCAAAAUAGUUUUACUUGGCCUAAUAUGAAAUCUGUUGCGUAUGUAGAGUCCUCCAUUAUCUCCCUUGAUCUUAUAAGAUCUUGGAGAUGGAUGUUCCCUGAUCAUUCCAGGAUACCAUCCAGUUUGACCUGGGUUUUGGUAAUAAAUAGUUUGCCCUAGAUGGAGUUUUGGUAAAUCCCGAGCUUGUCUUUUUACUUGUCGUUUGUAAUUCUCUUUCUUCUCAGCUACAACAUGUUCACUUAAACACUUUGACGUGCUGGGAAUCAAUGUCUGAGGACUUCUUUUGAGGCACAUUUCAGCUGGGCUAAAUCCAGUACAUUUCCGAGGUGUAUUUCUGAGUUCCAGUAAAGCUUCAUAUGGAUCAUCACCAUUAUGUUUAGUUUUCAGUAUUAAAUUCUUCAUUAUCUUUACAGCAGCUUCUGCCUUCCCAUUUGUUCUCGGAUAACCAGGAUCUGAUCUGAUGUGAUUGAUGUUCCAUCGCCUUGUGAAUCUCAAAAACUCAUUUGAACUAAAUUGUGGACCUUCAUAUUUUAUUAACAUUUUUGGAGCACCAAAACGAGCAAAUUGUUGUCACAGUCCAGUUUUAGAACCUCUGUGACAUGAUGUGACACUCAGUCACCCAUUGUAAUAUUCCGUGCUGAGAACACGUGAAUAAGUUAAAGGACUCUAAAAUAAGGGUCAAUGUUAACUAGUUAGUGAAGAACUCCAGCAGAGAGUGGAUGUACGAUUUUCUCUGUCUGUAAUAUGUCAUCAUCAUCAUCAUUCCUUUGAGUUCCUCAUGGAACAUAGGGCCUCGACAUAAACACGCCACUCUCCACGGUCUCUUGCUAGCUUUUUGAUGGUAUCCCAGCUCUUCCCGGUCUUCUCUGCUUCUUCAAGUACACUGCGUCGCCAUGUUCUUUUUGGUCUUCCUCUGCGUCUUGUUCCCUGGGGGUUCCACUCUAUGGCCUGCCUAGCUCUGUUGCUGGUAUCUUUUCUAAGGGUGUGACCAAUCCAUCUCCACUUCCUCUCUAAGAUCUGCACUUCUAUAUUUUUCUGUCCACUCAUCUCCCACAGUUUGGUGUUUUCUACUUUGUCAUACCAGUGUAUUUUUAGGAUAUUUCUCAGGCAUCUGUUGAUGAAGGUCUGUAUUUUUUGUUGUGGCUUCAGUUGUUCUCCAUGUUUCAGAACCAUACAGUAGGACAGCCUUGACAUUAGAAUUAAAGAUUCUUAGUUUAGUCUUGUUUGAGAUGUAAGGAGAUUUCCAGGUUGGUUUUAGCUGUGUAAAUGUCUGACGUGCUAGAUUUAUACGGCGUUUAAUGUCUUCAUCUGUUCCACCUGAUAUACUGACUACAUAAACUAGUUAGACAUCAACACCAGUCACGCCAUUACAUGCAGACCGAAUCAUUCAAGUAACCUAAAUAGCUUUGCCAAAGCUAUUCUACAUCUGCAUGCUGAGAUCCAUUCAACUUAAUCAACUCUGUUCCUAGAUCUACCUGUGACACCUGUGUGAAACCGAAAGCAGAAGACGACUCUAUUCCUAACUAGAGCUACAGGUGUCGUCUGAAAGAAAGAGCUAUACCAUUCAAGACAUCGUUUGAUGACAGAUACACCGCCUCAUCACUAGUGCUCGCCACUAUUCAUCAUUGGCACACUCGCACCUUGACAUGGUCGUACCAUUCAGGUCUUGUAGAGAAAUAGCUCUCAGCUGAGACAUUCUCUUACUUAUGGUCAAUAUUUUUUUUUCAGCAUACUGAUGGAUAUCCUGAUUUGAUGUUAUUUAUUUGGGCUACUUAGGAGUAAUACAUAGCCUAAUAUACAAGUAACUGUACAAGUUCUAUCUUUCCAAGAACUGGAUUAUAUUAAUUUGAACUAACAGAAGCCCCUAGUAAGUAAUUAUCUUGGAUUACCUAGUUGUGAACUUCCUAACCACUGUGGAUUAUUAUUUUGGAGUACUUGACAGAACUUGUAUUAAUUGUAAAUUUGAGCAUUUGAGCCAUCUUAUGGCAUUGAACUGGAUUAUUUUUCUACUACCACUUUAAUGCUCAUAGUGACGUGUAUUCUUAAAUUGGAUUACUUAUACAUGGAUUAUUGAACCACUCAAGCUGUAAUUGCAUUUGACAAGCUACAAGAGAGAAGAGGAUUAAACUACACUAGUCAACAAGAAAAGAGUCUGUAAGUCAUUAUUAACAAAUUAAAUACAUGCAUAUGAUUAUAAAGUACAUGGAUUUUGCUUUGAUAUAGCAGUAAUUAAACUUGAUUGUUAGUAGAGUUAGUAAUUGAUAACUCUUGGCAUUCUUGGAGCCAUAUUUUGAUUUCAUUUCUCUAUGUGUUUUUUUGAGGGUGGCUGGAGAGGGACUAUUUUAUGAACUAUCAUAACAAUAGGAUCUAUUAGGGUCUAUCCUAUUUGUUCUUUAACCUCUAUAAGGCCCAAUGCGUUUGAGGCUCUCCUUGUUGGUACGGAGGUCAUAGAAUAUAGUGGGAAAAUAUUUAUUUAGCUGUUGAGUCUUGUUUGUAUUUCUGUCAGUGUACUUAAUCUGUAUCUAUAUUGUUGUUUGUUUAAAAGUCCUGUAUCCAUAUAUCUGUAUUUCUCCUGUCACAUUUCUACUUUUUAUUAAUUUCUUUAAAAGCAGACUGUGUUGUUCUCUAUAUUGUUUCUGUGUUUGUCCUUUUACUUAUAUUGUACAUAUAUUUCUUUCUUUUACUAAUUUACAUUUUUUACUAUUUUACUUUGGCACAACAGCACACAUGUAUAACAUAUGUUGAUAUUUAUGACUAUUGAAUUUGAAUAGUUUAUAAUUGAGUAACUAAUGAGUAAAUUUUGAUCUAGAUCGAUACAUUUGUUUGACAAUUCUCAUUACAUUCUGUCAUUACAUUAUAACCAUUGAUUGAAAUUUUUUAUUAUUGUAUAAUACACACAUGUAAAAUAAUUGACACACACUGUAUUAAUAAGCAUAACACAGUACAUUCUUCCUCACUUAAUUAACUAAUUAUUUUGAGCACAGAAAGCAUUAAACAUGUCUUCCUAUGACAAAAUUUUAGAACUAGUGAAAGUCAUGGAACUAGAAGGGGAUGAGAAAAAGGAAUUUAUCAAAAAAGAAUUAGAAAAGGCUGAAAAGAGAGAAAGGGAGGAAAGAGAGAGGGCUGAUAAAGAAAAAGAUAGAAUAGAAAAGGAUAAAGAUAGGGAAGAAAGAGCUGCUGAAAGAGCUCAUCAAAAAGAAUUAAAAGAACUAGAAACUAAACAAAGAGAAAGCCAGGACAAAGUAGAGUUAGCCAAACUAGAAGCUGCCAAAACAAAUCCCAACAUUAUAACCCAACAGUCUACAACAAAGCCAUUCAUCUCUAAAUUCCAUAAAUACAAUUCAAAAGAUGAAACACUUGAAAACUAUUUAGUCCAAUUUGAGCAUAUUGCCUCAACUUAUAAUCUUAACAAUGAGGACAUGGCCAAACACCUACUAGCAAAUUUGUCGGGAGAACCCCUCAACAUCAUUUCCACUUUAACUGUAGACCAAAAGAAAGACUAUGCGGCAGUAAAGACUAGAUUACUAGAGCACUUCGGGAAAAAUUCAGACUUCUAUCGUAAGCUGUUCAGGGACACUAAAUUGAAAAAAGAUGGGGACUUUAAUAGAAUAAUAUUCGACAUGAGGACUGAUAUGAUAAAAUGGUUAGAGCUAGCAAAAUGUGACAUCAAGGACCCGACACAAAUCCUAGACAUGCUACUUAUUGACAAUGUCCUCAACAACGUGACAGACUUGGUAUUUACUUUCCUUAAAGAAAAAAAGAUCAAGACAGAGACUGAACUGAUAACGAAUCUAAAUUUAUUUAAAGACAGUCACCCUGGACACACCAUUGACAAAAGAGACCUAUACCAACUUGCAGCCACAGCAACAACAUCCAACAACAACAACAAUGAUAAAUACAAAUGGUCUAACACCAAGACUUGUUUUAAUUGUGGGAGAAAAGGCCACGUGAAAAACCAAUGCAAAGCUCCUAUAAACUACAGUAACAAUUACAGAUGCAGAAGCUACACUAAUUUCUACAACCCAAACAGCUACAAGCACAACAAUAAUUACAAUAAUAGACCAUAUAGACCACACCAGAGUGCAAGUCCCAAUGAAAGAAGAAAUUUUGCAAACAGUUACCAACACAAUAGCUAUAAUAGAAACAACAGACAUUCUAGAAGGGACCAAUUUAACUACCACACAAACAACCACCCAAAUAACUACAAUAGCGGAAAUAGAAACAAUAGAAACAACAAUGGCAAUAACACCAACACCCAUAGAGAGGAAAAUGUAGCCUAUAUGCAAUCAAAUAAGUCCAAAAUAAAAGUCUUUCCAUCCUAUGUCAAUUCUAAAGAAGUAGGAUCAAUUUGUGACAGUGGAGCCACAGCAAUAAUAGUUAAAGCCUCUUUAGUUGAACCAGGACAGUAUCUGGAAGAUACAGUAAAAGUGACCUAUGCAAACAUAAAAAAAUUUGAUAUUUGCAAGACCGCUAAAGUCCUAAUAGAAUCACCCUGGAUUACAGGAGAACUAGAAGCCAUAGUCAUGGACACCCCAGCACAAGAUCUAAUAAUAGGCAAUGUAGAAGGUGUAAAAGAUCCAACACUAGAAGAAGUUAUGCAAUGGGCGGAAGAUAGACAAAAGUAUUCCCUAUUCAAACAUGAGGCAUUAUUAGUUGAAACCAGAUCACACAAAAAAAUAACACCAGAAAUAGAAUGCCCCACUGUAUUACUUAAUGAAAUAGGCAUAACUAAUAGCUAUGCAGAAAAAUGACACCACAAUACAAGACCUCUUAAGCAAAGAUUAUAACAAGAUAAAUUUAAAUAACCACCAUAUAGAAAUUAACAACUUAGCCAUUAGAUACAACAGGAAAGAAAACUGUACUAGACUUCAAAUCCUGAUCCCUAAAACUUUAAGAGCUAAAAUAUUAAAUAUGGCACAUGAUGACCCCACAGCAGGACACUUAGGAAAAAAAAAAGUAUAUGCUAAGAUAGCCAACAAAUUCUUCUGGCCAAAGAUGGGAAAGGACAUUAAGAACUAUGUAAACAGUUGCACAGAAUGUGCCAAACAAAAAACAGUGACUAGAGCCCCAUUAGAAAAAUCAUAUAAAUCUCACUAUUUUUGGGACAAAAUUGCCAUGGACAUAAUGGGACCCCUAACUACCAGCAGUAAAGGGAAUAAAUAUAUUUUGGGUAUCAUUGACAUGUCCACUAGAUGGGCAGAGGCAUUUCCUCUAAAAGAUAUAAAGGCUAUUGACAUAUGUAAUUGUUUAAAAACACUUUUUCUUGUAUUUUGGAUUCCCUAAUAAGUUACUGUCAGACAAUGCAUCAAACUUUAAGUCCCACCUUAACCAGGCAUUUGCAGAAAUGACUAACAUCCGCCUAGUCCAUAGCACUAUCUACUCACCACAGGGAAAUGGAGUCAUAGAGAAAUGGAACAGAACUGUAAAACAGAUGAUAUAUAAGCUAGAAAGAGACUCAAUGAGUACCUGGGACCAGACUCUUAGCUAUGCUAUAUUUGCCUACAACACUAGCAUCCAUGAAACCACCAAAUUCAGCCCCUAUGAGCUUGUAUUUAACAGAAAACCUAAAGGACCGUUAGAGUUAUGGGCCGACAACAUGUUAAACUUAGAGAACAUAGAACAGUACCAUCCUUGGAUAAUUCAGACCAAACAACAGCUUAGACAAGGAAUAAAACUAGCAGAGAUAAACAUGGACAAAAAUCUAGAAAGGCAUAGGAAAAUAAAAAACAGAAAUAGAAAACUAAGAACACUAAAUGUAGGUGACCAAGUUUUUGUUAAGUUAGAAAACAAACACUGUAAAGAUAAGAAUGAGGGACCAUUUAAAGUUAUAGAGAGAAUUAAUAACAAAGUGUACAUCAUUGAUAAAGAUGGUAGAGAAUGCAAACUCAAUAUUUAUAAACUUGUUAAAUUGGAUAAGAGACAAAUAACUGACACAGAUAUAAUUGAACUUGAUGUAGAAACCAAACACAACAUACAAGAACAUAUAGCAAGCACCAUAAACACCACACACAACAGUAGUCCAAAUAUUGAAAAUGAUAUGUUACAUAAUUUGACAGUUAAAUAUAGUGAUGUAAUUACACAGAUGUACCAAUCUGAUAGAACACACAAUAAAACUCAACAAAGCACUACCAACUAAGACAAAAGCCUAUAGUAUCCCCAAAGCAUACGAGGACCUAGUUAGAACAGAAAUGACCAACUUAAUCAAAGAUGGGAAGAUAGAGAGAUCAGAAACAUGUAAAUAUGCAUCACCCAUGGUCAUUGUAAAAAAGAAAGACAGUGGAGUAAGAAUCUGCUGUGACUUUAGAGAAAUAAACAAAUGCACAAUCAUAGACCCAGAACCCCUACCAGACACUGACAGUAUAAUUACAACUUUAAGUAAAUCAUCCCUAUUCACAACAAUGGACUUAAACAGAGGCCUCUGGCAGAUUAAAAUGGACCCUGACUCUAAGGAAUAUACUGCAUUCAAAUGCACUAUGCCAGGCCUAGAAGGUAUCUAUGUCUGGAAUGUCAUGCCAUUCGGCUUAAUAAAUAGUACAGCCACAUUUCAGAAAUGCAUGUCAAAAUUAUUAGAAGGCAUAAAUAAUGUAUUGUCUUAUGUAGAUGACAUUUGUGUUUUCUCCAACUCACAACAGGAACACAUUCAUGUACUAGAGCAAAUAUUCUCAAGACUAAGAACACACAACAUGACAUUAGCCCCCAAGAAAUUAAACCUAGCCAAGCCUGAAAUCCAAUUCUUAGGAUAUUGCAUUACCAAUGACAAAAUCACACCCACUGAAACAAACCUAACAAAGAUUAAAAACAUAAAAGAACCUAGGACUAAGAAAGACAUGAGAUCAUUAUUAGGACUUUGCAACUUUUAUAGAAAGUUCAUUCCAAAUUAUGCACAGAUAAUUGAACCCCUUGUUGAAUUUACUAAAAAGAAGCAUGGAAACACAAUUUGUAUGGAUGAAAAAAGUAGACUAGCAUUAAGCAACUUAAAAGAUAAAUUUAAUGAGAAACUAGAAUUAGCCAGUAUUGACCCAACAUCAACAAUAUCACUAUACACUGAUGCCUCCAACACUGGUAUUGGGGCAUGCUUACUACAGCAAAGAGAGUCAUUUUUUAAGCCAAUAGUACACAUCAGUAGAACACUAUCUGAAACAGAAAGAAAAUACUCAGUGAUUGAAAAAGAAUUAUUAGCCAUUGUAUGGUCAGUUGUAAAACUCAAGAAUUACUUGUUAGGAAGAUUUUUCAGCAUUAAGUGUGAUCAUAAACCAUUACUGGCACUAAAAAGAAAAGAGCUAAAAAAUGACAGGAUAAACAGAUGGACACUCAUUCUCUCAGAUUACAAAUUUGACUUACAAAGCAUUCCAGGACAUGAAAAUGUAAUAGCUGACUUUUUAUCCAGAUACAUAAUACAUGAAAAUGAAGCAAGUGAUAAUAAUGACAUUAAACACAUCAGCCAGGACAUUCUGAUAGAGUAAAUAAGCAGUACAAAUCACUUAGAAACAAGUAGUAGUAGUCAACUAAGUCAAAUUAACAUUCUACACAUUUUUCAAAUAGGUCAUGACACUUUAUUGUUACACUUUUCUUUUGGGUCAUGAUGACAUUUAUGCUUAUGAUCAAUAACAGAUCAUCUAUUUGCUCAUUGUGUUUUAUUGUCAACUUGUAAUAUGACAAAUACCAGAUGUGUUUAUUUUGUGUGUAUAUAUUGUACUUUAUUACUGAUCAUGCACAGCAAUGUAAACAAUGAGAUGUAAACAACAGUGAACUACUUGAACUGUUGACCUAAAUUUUUUUUCAUAACAACUCACAGAUGUAAAUAUUGUCUAAAAUUUUUUACAUACCUGAAUACUACAAUGAAUGUUUAUAAACAUGGAAAUUUGUUUACUAUUGUACUUCAAUACUACACUCAGACUAUUUAUAGUAGUCUUAUGCAAGGUCAACCUUGAACUGGAUUGACAUGUCUCUAAUUUUUUUUUAUUUUUCUUGAUGAUGGCAAAACUUAGAAUAAUAUUUUGACACAGCACAUCACAAUUGUAAAUAAACAUUAAUUUUUUUCUGUAAUCAUUUUGAGUACAUUUACUCAGUGUGUCAAAUGAUACACAUUGAUAAUGUUGUGCAUCUACAAUUAUAGUAAAACAUUGGAUGUGGCCCCUUCAUAUGUUGACCUAACAAAGUCAAAGUUGCCAAGGAGAGUUGAGUAAAUAGAAGCGCAAAAUUUUCAUUUAUUAACUUUUAAAGCAAUAACACAGUUGAAUGUUCAAGUAUUCACCUGACUGAUGAAUGUUCAAGUAUCCACCAGACUGAUGAAUGUUCAAGUAUCCACCAGAUAGAUGAAUGUUCAAGUAUCCACCAGACAGUUGAAUGUUCAAGUAUCCACUAGACAGAUGAAUGUUCAAGUAUCCACCAUUUCAUUAAUUAUCAUAUUUCUCUUUUAGGAAAAUGUUUCUGUUUUCACUUUAUUUUAUUUUGUACCAGUCUAGUAUUUUGUACCAUUAAAAAUUUAUAUUUUAUGUUAGUAAAAAAGAUGUUUGAAAUUUUGUAGCAUUUUUUUUUUAAAAUCUCUAUAUAUAUUAAAAUAGUAAUUUACUCAACCUUGGAAUCCUAUCACUGAACUGGGAAAGCUAGCUUUGAUUGUUUUUGUUGUUGUAAAUAUCCAUAUGGAUAGUGUGUAUAUUAUGCAAAGGUUGAUUAUUAGCUGUUAAGGUUGGAGUUUUCCUUUUUUUAAUUUUUACAUGAUUUCAAUGUUAAAUACCACUGUAGUUGUCUUUCUGAUAAUGAUGCUAUGAUGUGGUCUUGGUAUAUUUUUUCUGUGAUUAGAUGUUGUAACAUAUAGAUAUUGACAAUGUACAAAGUUUAUAUACAACCAAGUUCAUACAUUAAUCUAUUUCACAAUCAUACAAACUAUAAACUGCGUAAAGCUUUUUGUUAUUAUUAAAAAUAUAAACUGUAAAGUAUUGGAUGCUAAAAUGCAUUUGAAUUGAUUCUUCCCGAGCUAUACUUUAUUGCUUCUUCAUUUUGUGUGUGCACAAUCUAUUGAAUUAAUAAUGUAAUUUUUUUGUGAGAUGAUUUGUGUUGGUCACAUGUAUAAGUCAUUAGUUUCUAUCAUGAUUUUUUAAAAAGUAUUUGUGUAAAACCACAGAGGUUUCAUUAAAUUUGUACUUUAUUAAUUUUUUAUUUUAAAUUUUUGUUAAGUUUUAAUUUUACUUACAAGCUGAAUUUGUAUACAUAGCUAUGAUUUGAUUUGAUGGAAUUCUUCUUUUUAUAAAAUUUUACAUGGUCUAAGGUUUUUGAGUUCAUUGAAGCUUUUUUUCAAAACUGUCUGAAGAGUUGAACUGAAGGCUUGUGAAACAAUAGGCCAGCAAAAAAUAAUUAAAGCUUCCUCUCACCAGCCUGACUGAAAUGAUUGUUCUGUCUGGAAGAGAUCCUACUUGGUGUCUGUAUCACACUACUAUUUCCAAUGCUUCAGAAGCUCCAGACACGGGGGCUAGAGAUUGGCAGACUGCUAAGCACACCAAGAACUCCUGCCAUCUUCCUGCUCUUUACCACACUCAACAAUCCCCAUUGCAUUUGUGAAACAGAAUGUUGGGAUUGUUGACAUGGUCAUAAAGACUCUCUUCCCAACCAAGACUUGAGCAAUGCUUUUCCAUUCCUAAUGAAGUCUUGUUUUCUUACUUCCUUGAAGCCUAAUUGUUUUGACCCAGGGGUGGGGGGGCACUAUGUUGUAGACUGGGAUGUUUGCUUUCUGACAGCAUUGUAGAAUAAUUAUAUUGUAAUAAAAUAUUUUUCAAAUAAAAUUAAAUGAAACAAAACCUACAUCUUGGCUAUUAAAAUCCAGGUUAAUACUGCUAUUUGUUAUAUAAUGUAUGUGUCACUGUCAUGAUAUGUAUACAUUGGAUGCUUACAUAAACAUUGGUUUUGUGAAACAUCAGUCAAUUGUAUUUAUGACCCUACUCUAAAUGGCCUAGAAUGUUGAACACAAGAGUACCAGUUCAAUGUUAGAGAAAAUAAUAGUAAGUAGGGGAGACAAUAAAAGAGUUUUAAUAUGUUC